AUGGCUACCCUCCAGCCAAGCGACGCAUACAUAUUAGCCCUUCCAAACGAAGUCCUCGAACAAGUACUGUCGCCAGAGGUACGAGAAGAAAGUCAUUACAUCAACACAAAGAUAGGGAUUAGUGCCCUCUGCUCCGUUUGCAAACGUUUUCGCGAUGUUUUCCUUUGGCGCCUUUACCACACCAUCCGUUGUCAUGAUAUACGUGACGUGAGGCCUUUCCUUGAGGUGCUUCCCUUCCAGGGCGCCCGACACAUCGUCCACCUCGACCUCGUGCUUUUCCCCAUCGACAACUUAGCAGGUUACGAUCUACUCAGCAUGCUCUACUUGUUCCUUCUUUCGACGAAGGAACUUAAAUCCCUUCGAUCUCUCCGCCUUGACAUCCAUCCAACCCCAAGAAGUGUGAACAACCAUGGUGUUACCGUCCCAGCGGCCGUUGAACGGGCCCCCGCUGAUCCAAUGCCUUUGUCGUCAGAAGUCGUUAAUGCCUUCAAUUCGGUAUUGCGAAGCCUUCCUGAACAACUUCGCUCAUUGUCAUUGAGCGGAUUUUGUUUGGAAGACGCCACAGCAGGUUUAGCGGCCGCCAAAUUUCCUUCUCUACGCGCCCUCUCUCUCGACCUCGACGGAACGGAUGAACCGUAUGAUCUGAGUUAUCCUCCCUUCUUGCAAGGGAUGCCUCUCCUGAAAAGCAUCGAGCUCCCUGUACAGUGGUGUCCUCGUGUGAAGUGGUUCAGACAGGCAUUUGAUGGACGCAGUUUCAAGCGUAUCAAGAUCGGAUUCACCGGAGACAUUUUCGCCGCCGAAAAGCAUAUGAAUCAUGGCGACUCGUUGUGCGCAUGGAACCAGUGUAUCGUUACCUUGCUCAAGCAAUCUUCCUCCAUCCUGAAGAGUCUCAACAUUGGGACGAUAUCCCUCACCAUUCCUCGCAACUCGGUCUUCCCGGUAUUGACCUCGCUCACUAUUGUCGAUAUCGAGUUUGGCCCCGAAGCUGAUAAGGAGCUCAAGGCGCUCCUGAUGCCUUUCGUUCGCUCUCCGCUCGAAUCGUUAAAGAUCCUGGAGUGCCACGAUCCUCCGGAUGUGUUGAUAAAUCUCAUCGACGGGUAUUGGCCAAAGCUGAAGAAGCUUAGUGUGUCGAAGCUCACUACGUACAGGGACAAGUACGAUCCUCCUGGCGUUGGUCGUCCGUACCCACGUCCUUUGGGAUAUGAUGCUCCUUGGGAUCCAGUGAGCCGGAGGAAGCUUGAAGCGAUCUGCGAACAACGCGGAGUGCGUGCAUCGCUGGAUUGGGGAUAUUUGUAG